AUGGCGGUACUCAAUUUUACCCUGAGCGAGGAGGGCGUCUCUGGCUUCCGAGAUGCCCUCAUCUGCCUCAACAAGUUUAGUGACGAUGUGUCCCUCGAAGCGCGCAAAGAUUCCUUUACCCUGAGCACCCUGAACAGCUCCAAGUCGGCCUAUGCGAGCUUCAAGUUUGCCACCAACCGCUUCUUUUCACGCUACAGCUACCAAGGCAACGGCCCGUCCAAGGAGCGCUUCCACUGCAACAUGUACAUUCGGUCGCUGAUAUCGCUCUUCCGCAGCCGCUCUGCGGCCGAUAGCCAGAGGGACCGCGAUGUGGAGAAGCAGACCCUGAUUGACCGAUGCGACGUCGCCAUCGAAGACGGCCAGGGCGUCAAGAGCCGCUUCAUUGCCCGCAUCGUCUUCCGGACGGGCCUCACGUCGACCCAUCGCCUCGCGUUUGAGACUGGCGUGCCGGUCCACGCCAAGUUUAGCAAACCGGAUGCGCCGCACCACUGGUCCAUCUCGUCCCGCACGCUACGGCAGCUCAUGGACCACUUUGGCCCGGGAAUCGACUAUCUGGACAUCAACACAGAUGGCGACCAUGUCAAUUUUACAUGCUUUAGCGAAAAGACGGUCAGCGAAGACGCCGUCUUGAAAAAGCCACUCCAGACCUCGAUUGCAGUAGAGGCAGACGAAUUCGACGAUAUUGAAGUCGAAGAUAAGCUUCACAUUGUAAUCUCGGUCAAGGACUUUCGUGCCAUUAUCCAACAUGCUGGCAUUGGCGGUUCCGCUCUCUCAGCCCGAUACUCGCUCCCUGCCCGUCCUAUCCAGUUUUCCUACGCGGGAGACGCACUGUCUUGCGAAUUUCUGAUCAUGACAGUCGGAGAGCGAGGAAGCAACCCUGCUCAGAAGACGAAGAAGGGGCGCAAGUCUGCUCCAGCAAACAACGCACCGCGACUCGAGGCCGCGUCUCGUAAGACGAGCGUCGCGCCUUCUGAAGCCCCGGUGCAACAUCCAGAGGCGACAGAGCCAACACAGGCUUCGGCUAGGAUACCACCGCCCUCUACUUCGCGACCCGUGGGUACUAUUAGAGCCAGUGUCUCGCGCAUGUCCGCUUUUGAUCUCAGGCCCUCACAGAAGCCACCGCCCCCGACGCUGCGAUCUCAAAGUUUGUUCGUCGAUGACGAGGGCUGGGAGCCGGUCAGAGAUGAAGACGAAGAUGCGGAAGAAAAUGCACAGCUCGGAUGGGACCAUAGUGCGGACCCCGAUCCUAUUUCGACGCACUCGUUUAUGCACAUGAGUAGGCCAGAGCCGGCGCCCUCUGCAGACGAUCAAAUCAACCCUCCCGCAGAGCAUUCCACUAUUCUCGAACCAACUCAGAAGCUAUCUGACGUACAGAAUCUUGGUCUGUUCCCUGACUGA